AUGCUCGCAAUCGUUGGGGGAGCGAAUCUCAUCCAGUCACCCGACUUGAGCAUUAUGCUGUCGAAUAUGUCUUUUCUCUCCCCUGAUGGACGUUGCUACAGUUUCGACGAACGUGGCAACGGAUAUGCGCGCGGUGAAGGGGUGGCCACUUUGCUGCUGAAACCUCUCUCGCGCGCAAUAGAGAACGGAGACCCCAUCAGGGCUUUAGUACGGGCUGUGGGCAUCAAUCAAGACGGACACACCAAGGGAGGACUGACUCAACCAAACAUGAAGAUGCAAGCCGUCCUGAUCAACGAAACAUAUCGGAAAGCCGGUCUCACUAAGGCAAAUACGCGAUAUUUCGAGGCACAUGGUACGGACGAUAUUCCCAUGAGCGAGUGCAUACUACAUGACUGA